AUGGAGACUGGAGAAUACGAAACCAAUACACUCUCGAUAAAUAGUGUCUCGUCCAUCACAUAUCGUCUGUACGAAGCGUCACCCAACUUGUCGCAAACCUUCGCCUCGGUCGCUCUGGAGAUAGAAAAUUCGCUGAGGGACAGAGGAUACAUUGUUUUAUACGAUGCAGCAAGGAGAGGAUUAUGGCAUUUCCUAUUCCUCACAAAGGAGGAGGAAGAGAACUUGGACAAGGUGGGCGACAGCCUUGGACUGCCGCUCGAUGUACUCGAGCAGGGUCUCGUCGUGAAAGAAGAGGGCGUCAUAGAGCCUCCGAUAAUGCCAAAGCCCCGUUCUCAGGCACUUCAGUCUGGCAACACACCUGCGGGCCUCUUGUCAGCUAAUCCAACAUUGGAACAAGCCCACCGUCCAGCUCUCUCCUCGCCUCUGCAAACCACUACGCCGUCCUCGCAAGACCACGAAUUCAAGGCCGAGCACAAUAUCAAGACAACACCGCAGAGCUUGCUAUACGAAAAGCUUAUAACGGCCGUCUCGUUAACGGUAUCGACUGCUUUUUGUCGUCGAACCGGAGCGAUUCCUCUCAACUACAGGACGAUUUUAAUAUCCCCAACUACGUAUAGCGCACAGCCACACGGAGUUGCCAUCGGCAGACCUCAGAUACUAGGCACAUUUAGAGUCUACUUGACGACUACUGGAGCAUUGGUAAUCGGUAUUUCUCUCACCAAAUGCAAAGGCAUUCUGUCGCUAGAUGAUACCGCCGCCUCUAGUCUGGCCCCUGCUGGCUACUCCAUCCUCGCAGCUCCUUUCGGCAUCAUGACUGCUACCCAGAAUUUUGUUCCUGGCGAUGGUGGCCUAUCAAGCCUUGCUCAGACGCCGAUGACACAUUUUUUUAGCUUCCGUAACGGACUGGAUGGGCAGGAGUCCCUGUGGAAGCAAGCUUGCCAACGAUUCUUGGAUUUCAGGGGAAUAGCUGCAUCGACGCUUGGAGGAUGUCUUUGGGUAAAUCUCCUGGUGCCCAAGUCCAAGAGUGCAGAUUCCAAGGGCGAUUACCGACCUUCUGGCGCAAAUUCCUCAUUUACCCUACCGUGGCCAAGGCGUCUCUGUUUCCGCAAGAAGAAUGUUGACGCGUCCUCUACUAGUCGCGUAAUAGAUACUGUGCUGAGCGGCCAUGAAGAAAGCCACGAUCCUCUUGGUAACGCAAAAGGCUGGCACAGCUCCAUUACGGAAAGAGAAGAGAAGAUCAAACGAGCAGCGGAGCGCGCGGCGGCUAUACCCAAAGACUCGCACCCGCAAACCGCAGAUUCCAAGACACCAAAGCCGAGCGGCCUAUCUCCUGUGGCCCUCCAGCGCCCUAACACGGCAACAGCUGGUAUCAUGUACCCUACGCCACCAGAUGGAGUCCAACAACCCAACGGCGUGACUCCGUCAAUGGACGGCACUUUUUCCAGCCCGGGCAAUCCCUUAUCAGCACAAAUCAUUCCAGAAGCAGAUAUCACAAUGCAGAAUGAGCAAGCGGGGGGGAUGGGCCUCGACCAGUCUCCUACUGUCGCCGAAUCCAAGAGACGGCGGAGCGACAAUCUUCUCGGUGAUACUGAUAACGUGCUUGGAGGAGACGUAUCGGGGGACAUAUUUGAUGACAACGAUAUAACAGAAGCUGACUUCAAUUUCUUCGACGAGAAACCUGACGACAUCGAUAUCGACAUGGCAAUGGGCGAUCUGCCUAGCUCAGAAAUGGCACUAUCCCAAGCUGCUGAAGAAUCCGUAAGACCUGUCGAAACCAUUCAACAGCCCCUGGCACCGACACCUGCAUCUCUACCACCAUCUGCCCCGUCUCUCCCUCCUUCAACGCCAACUCCAGUUCCCGCUGUGAGUCCAACUUCUGCACCUGCUUCUGCUCUACAAGCAGUGAUCUCACUGCCGCCGCCGCCGCCGCCGCCGCCGCCCCCUCCUCCACCACCUCAGAAAGAAACGGCAGUAUUUGCCAAGCCCGAAUUAAAGCAUGCUAGAAGCCAGAAUGAAGAUGCGGCCCGUCGAAACCGAGGAGAUAUACGAGUUACACCCGCAAAGCGCGAGUCUAGCCCAUUUGACCCUCACGCUGUUUUUAAGCGGGUAAAGGCGUCCUUGAAACGACCCAAAUAUGAUGCUUCCGUCCCAGCUCAGCCUCACUGGAGGAAAGAAAAGGUGUUUGAGAGCCUAGAUUUCGAUCCAGCGAUACCAAUGAUUAGCAAAAAAUACGAACAAGGAGGCUUCUUCGACUUGAGUGCUCUUACAAAGGUCGAGAGGAUGGAAAAGGCAAAUGGUGAUGUUCCGGCCGUACCAGAGACUGACUAUCUGAAGCGUCAUGGUAAACAUAACAGAAAACCAAGGGAUCGUUCGACUGCUCGCCAUACUAUAGGCAAGCAAUAUUUUGCAAUGGAGCCGCAAAUAUUGACGACAACCAGCCCCAUGAAGUUGGAUGGAUCAAUAUCAGACCGAGAAGACGGCGACAUGGAAUCAGAUCAGGACGACUCUAGCUACACGUCUGACGAGCCUGGAUCUCCGCACAAGGCCAGCAUCAGGCUAAUGAUUGGAGAUGAUGACAUCAUGUCCCAGAUUACCUCCUUGAGAGACUGUGAUAUUGAAGAGCCCGAUCAUCAGCUGGCAAUGGAGUUACCAAGGCUAUCAAGGUCAGAUAUAUCAGGAGUGUCCCUCUCUCAGCUGUUUCUGGAUCCAGAACCAUUAUUGUUAGAUAUGGGCCUGAGCGACGAAGAUGUAAUUCAAGUUGCGCAACUUGUGGCCGACCAAGCUGCAACUGGUUCGCUAGACAUCUUCAACGCAUCUGAUUUUGAGCCUGCAACUCUGUCAGCGAGCGAAAAGCGCUCAGAUUUAUCUAUCCACGCUCGAGAUGCAUUUUAUACACUUGAAGGCAUUAUUACGCACUUUUUUGAAGACGCAAUGCCAGUACGUCUAAAGGGCCUACUUGAUAUACAAGACUUGCCGAUCUUGAGUCAGUUUAUACCAAGGCAGAUAACGGGUAGAGAAGGAAAUUCCGAGACUAUGCGCCCAAGCAAUUUAUACCAAAUCCCUAGCCCUCAUUUGGAGGUACAAAGGGCAGACACAAAACUAUCCGUUCUACCAUCAGCGGUUGCAUUUUGGGAGAGUCUGGGCCUCUCACCUUCUUCGGGCAGCAAGAACAUUAACGCGAUUUGCGUCUUUCCUGGGUGGUCUGGAAUGGGAGACAACGUUAAAGCCUUUAUGGACCGCGUCAAAAGUAUAUAUGAGCUGCUCAAGUUGGGCACAUUUGAAGUCAUGCCUCUUGGCGAAGAUGUGGAAGCAGGCCUGUUACCAUAUGAGGUUGAUAGAAUAACCACUUCGCCAGACGCCACCGUCACUAGACAUGGCUCAGCCAUGGUUGAAUGCAUGGAAGCAUUGCGUGGGGUAUUCAGCAACCUCGCCAUUACCGAGACGAAUUUUGUCAUCUAUUUUGUAUAUUCCCCCGAGAAUCCUGGGACCAUUAUUGAAUCCUGUACGGCAUUUCAGCGAUUUUACGAGCUGUACCAGAAGAUUCUGGCAAGCCGAAAGGAACCUCCCCAGAAUGAGCUGGUUUUGCAGCUGGUGUCCACAGAUGUACUGUCUUCUCCAUCAGCUUUGGUUAUUACCCAGACUUCGGAUCUUGUCAGACUCUGUAUCGAAACGUAUGAUCGUUGCACCUUAUUUGGGGGCCCAAUGCCAGCCCCAGCAAUCAGACUCGAACAGUUGCUACCACGCAUCAUCGAUUUCAAGUUGACCACGACUCCCUCAGCUUCCCUAAUCCGCGAAAACUCGUGCAUUCACGUGGCAUAUUCCCAGAGCGUUGACGAGCGAUGGGUUACUGCGGCGUGGACAGACGACAGGGGGAACCAGCAAGCGACGGCCGCCUACUGCAUGGGAAGAAAAGGAAAGUCACCAUCCCGAAACAUGACUGAGAUUGCCAAUGAAAUAUGGGAGACUACCCUUGAAUUGAUGUCUUCUUGGAGAGUUCUUUGGAGGGUCAUAAUCACUAAAUGCGGGCCGAUGCCGCAGCACGAGGUGGAUUUCUGGGUUGACCUGGCUCGCACUGAGAUUCAUGCCAAGGUCACAUUAGUUUUGCUCUCGGUCGAUUCGAGUCCAUCACUUCAGCUGUUGCCGCCGGCGAUCAAGCUCCCUGCGCCCAUAGCUGCGCUCCAUACUCCGGUUUCCACGCCACAGCCAUCUAUGCAGUCUCCGGAGCCCGUUGCUACUCCUGCAACGCCUGCAGCGAAUGCCGCGGCCGCUACACCUUCCAACGAUGGCACUGGUACAGCCGAGGCCGAAUCGGAUGAAAUCUUGAUUGACGUUACAGAUCAAACAUGGGGAGCCAUAGCUGGCCACCGACUAAGCAACUCUUCUAGCAUUCUAGAGGUGCAGCUCUCUUUAAUGAGCGGAUACUUGAUCAAACGGACAGGGCUCAGACUAGAAGACCCCCCCGUCGUCAUGGAGGUCAAUCUAAUAUACACCGAGACAAUUCCACGCGUGCACGAACCUCUGUUACGAGAGAUGUUGGGAUACUUUAGGGCACUAGGCACGCUGGCAAGGGCGCGUGGAGUGGUGGACAAGGAAGGGGAUGUACGACCGUGGCACGUUGCAGCGGCGGAAAAGGCUGUGCGUGCGCUGUAUCUGUUAAUGUGA